AUGGAGUCAGAAUAUAUUGACCUUGCACUUGACUAUUGGUACGUGUUGAUACCUACCAUUAUGUUGAUGGGAGUUGCCUCAUACUGCCUAUGCUCAGGAGGUUCAAACGUAUCUCCAAAGCCAAAGAAGAAGAAGACGACGACACAACAUGACCAACAACAACAACAACAAAAGACAUCAAACAAUAGCAUAAAGAAGAAUAGACAUGAUGAGCCAAAGGAUCAUCCAACAUCUCCAACUCUCUCAAACGUUCAUCAACAGUCUCCAUUAUUUGAAAAGUCAGUCAAAGCAAUGACUACCGCAGGCUCACCAAUAACAGCGAUCGCCAUCAGUCCAGAUGGACAGCAACUGGCGUACAGUUCCGAUCAGAGACACAUCAAGAUCGUCAACGUCGAGUCGAUGUUCACCACAAACCCAAAGUCGUAUAAUGUGCAACUACCCUUUGACUAUGCCAGAUUGAUUGCAUGGAGAAACAAACAACUCUACGCCACCCUCGAGGACAAACUCAUUUGCUACCGAUUGCUCGACCAAAAGAACACCGAUGGCAAGACCUAUGAGAAGCUAUGGGAUGUGCCUCUUCAACACAAGACUCCCAUAGUGACACUAUGCAGUGUAUCUAAUGGCAAUCAUAUGAUAUCAUGUGGUGAUGACACGACUGUUAAGAUAUGGGGAUUGAACAAUGGUGAAUCACUCAUGACGAUCAACACUGGACAGAUCAAACAAUAUAUGGCGGCAAUGUCUGGCAAUGGACGAUUCUUUGGCGUGGCAUCGUUCAACUCAGAAGUCAAGAUAUGGGAGGUGAUCAACAAGAAGGACGGCACAUUUGAAAAGUGUCAACGUGUGAUGUCCUUGACAGGCUACAGGACCAGCAUCUUUGGUCUGGCAUUCAAUCAAGAGGGCAACCGUGUUGUGUCCUGCUCCAAGGACGGCACGAUCAAGAUGUGGAAUCUUGAUGUCAGAUAUCAAGUGAGCGAAGAUCCAAAAUGUUUGUACACGCUGUCUUGCGAUCUGUCAUGUCCGCCAACAAUCAUCUCCUAUGCACCAGAUGGAGGUGUCUUUGUCGUAGGCAAUCAAGAUUUCCUACAAAUGCGUGAUGCCAACAAUGGAGCCAUCCUCGCCACCAUCUCCCGUGACCAUUCCAUCGCACUGAACAACAAUCUCUUAGCCUGGACACCCGACUCUCAUCGACUGAUCAUUGGAGAGGACACCCACUUCAUCAUCUAUCGCAAUCCAAAGCAUAACAAG